AUGGGAAGUAGAUGUGUUGCCACGACCGACCCUGCUAAGUACAGCAAGGAAGUUAUUUUUCUAGCAAUGUGCAUCUCCUCUGAGCUCUUAGCAGGUGGUGGUGGUGGUGGUGGUGGUGGUGGUGGUGGUGGUGGUGGUGGUGGAAGUUUAAAUACUUUAGACUGGGGAAAAAAUGGUUUAGCAUCAUCACUGGGUGAUGCCAUUUUUAUAUGGAAUGGAUCAAAAGAGAUUCAGAAAAUUACAGCUUUUGACGAAACAAAUCGAGAAAUGUUUGCCACAGCACUGAAGUGGAAUAAGAGCGGUAAUCAUCUCGCAAUAGGAAUAGAGAGAUCCUGUAUUCAGGUGUGGAAUGCAACAUCACUUAAGAAAGUACAAGAAAUGUGGUGUACAUGUGCAGUCAGUAGUGGCUGUGUAAUAGCAGCUCUUGAAUGGCAUCCAAGGGAGAACAUUUUGUCAUAUGCAUGGCAUCCAUGGGAUUCAUCACUGAUUGUAACAGCAGGUAUCACAAGUGAAGGUGACUUGUAUCUUUGGAACAUUGAAAAAGUCAGUAUUGUAGCAAAAUAUACAGCUGGAGAUGGAUGUCUAUCAAAGGUUAUAGCCUUAACUUGGAGUCCUGUUACUGCUGAACUUGUAGUGAGCAUGCAAGUAAAUCGUAACUCAAAUGAUGCAGAUGUUGCUUGGAAGACUGAAAUAUUGGUACUUGCUAGUCUUACUAAGGUUGUCGACAAACUUGACAUGGAAGGUACUCACUGUCAUAGUCCAUACCUUUUGUGGAGUCCUGAUGGACAUGACAUUGCCACUGCCAGCUCUGAUGAGACACUGCGAAUCUGGAAUUUUCUUGGUGUGGAAAAAAGGAGAUGCCCAUUCCCAACUCAUAAGAAACUAUUUAAAAAGCCUAGAUUAAAUAUCAGAAGCUAUUGUCUUACACCUUUUAAUUAUAUUAGCUGUAUUAUUCGCUGA